AUGGAAGCUUACAAGAGAUGGGUCCGGAGAAAUAGAGAUUACGUGCAUUCCAUGGAGUCCCUGGCCAAUGGAUUGACAUGGCUUCUUCCAGAGCGUUUUUCAGAAUCAGAAAUUGGGCCUGAAGCAGUAACAUCAUUCUUCGGGGUUAUCACUGCUAUAAAUGAGCACAUCAUUGAGACAACUCCUACCCAAAGAGUCCCUGCCCAGGCAGAGCCUUCUUCUUUUCCUUACUCAUUGUGCAUAACUUUGAUUAAGGACUUAGAGACAUUAGUAGAAGUUGCAGCACAACAGUUUUAUGGUGAUGACAGAAAAUGGAAUUUUAUCGCUGUCACAGAAGCCAUCAAGGUGUUAGUAAGGCUAGCCAUGUUUCGAAACAGUGGAUAUAAAAUGCUUUUACAUGGUGGUGAGUCUGUCAACUCUGACAAGGGAUCAAAUGUUUCUAUUGAGAAACCUGGACCUUUUGGCAAAGCUGGAAAUCUCAAUGGUCCUGUUAAUUCAAGAUAUUAUAAUAAUCAUAUUCCGUGGAAUCUUGAGGGAAGGGCACUGUCUGCCUUAAAUAGGUUUGGUGAAAAUGCCAGGAUGGUCUCUGAUCCAUCUUGGUUGAAUAGAGUUCGACACCAUCACGCAAUGGUGGAGCCUGCAACAGUGAUGGACGAGAUCGAGAAACCUAGCCUUUCCAAUUUCUUAUCUGAGAAAGGUAUUCCUGGAGGUCUGUUUGUGAUGGGUGAAGUAAUGUUUAUCAUAAGGCCUCUUGUUUACGUCCUCUUAAUAAGAAAGUAUGGAACUCGUUCUUGGUUUCCUUGGUUCACCUCAAUGAUCGUGGAUCUUGUUGGAAAUUCUCUUCUUUCAUAUGUUACAAUGAUGCGGAAUAGUGCCAAAGCUCCCCUGUUCCAUCUUUCCAAGGAUGAAAAGGAUGAGCUUAAAAGGCGGAAGCUAUUAUGGGCACUUUACAUUAUGAGAGAUCCGUUCUUUGCCAAGUACACGCGGAGUAGACUUGACCGGACGCAAAAGCUACUAGAGCCUGUUCCUUUUGUUGGAUUUUUGGCAGAAAAAAUUAUAGAACUCCUCGUUGGAGCGCAAACCCGCUACACUUACAUGUCAGGUUCAUGA